UAGACUAUGUCGUGUCUGAUAAGAUCUUAUAUAUAGUACACAAGUACUAGUGCACAUAGUAGUUUAUCUUGUACAUGUACUUCUCUUUUGAGAAUGAAUCUAAUUGAAAGCUUCAUUGCUUUUUAUUUUCCAGUAUCUGUAGCCUGUGUACUUGCUCAAAAUGAGGUGUGUAUGGAACGUUUAGCAAGACUAGAAAAGAUGGUCGAGACUUAUCAAGGAAAAAUGACCAUCUUGGAAGAAAAAGUAAAAAUACAAGGUCAGACCAUUCUUCAUCUGGAGAGCAGAAUGACGGAGAAUCACGUGACGGGUGAAAAUGAGAUCCCAAAACAAAUUCAAAAGAUUGAAGAGCAAGGUACUGUCGCGACAAGUUUGACCACCGGGAAUGACACUCAAAAACGAAAUUUACAUUUGUGGAACCUCAGGUCAGCCAGCAACAAAAGGUACUCCAAUCCGACCACAACCACAAAGUCCGCGACCCAGACAGUGCCCGCGUUUUAUGCUUACUUGUCCCAGUACGAGGUAUCCCCGGGCUCCCACCACACAGUCAUUUUUGAUGCCGUCGGGACAAACAGUAUGCAGUGUUACAAUCACUACACAGGGAUAUUUACGGCCCCCGUGUCAGGACUAUAUGUAUUUUCAUGGACGAUUGUCUGCGGGCCAAGAGGCGUCAUGCAUACUGAAAUCAUCCAUAAUUCUGCAGUUCUUGGGAUAACUCAAUGUAACACCCUUGGCCUUGAAGAAGUUGAUAUAGUGAGUUCAACAGUGGUUGCAUUAAUGAAUGCUAGGGACGUUGCCUUCAUCCGCACCAGCUCGAAACACUCCUCGAGCGGCGACAUUAUAAGUAACGAUUACUGUUACUCGUCCUUUUCUGGUUGGCUGUUGUAAACAAAAUUACAAUAAAAUAAAGCUUUUC